GCGUGAGAAUGCGGGCUAGUAGUGACGCUCGAAAAAAUGACGUGUGCCUCGGAUUUUCGUGAUACCGGCAACUUGUGAUGAUCUCAAAAACGUGCUUAGUUUCAUAAUAAUAAUUAUAUAGUGAGUGUGAACUCUCGUGCUCUCUUGACUCGCUGGAUAGAAAAGUAGAAUUCGCAUUUUCUAGCAUUUUAGAUUGGAUUUAAUUCGUGAAUCGCCCUGACUUUAAUAGUACGAAAUUCAAGAAUCACCAUUCACGGUAAAGUUCCUGUAAAAGGGUUAUUCAGGAAAUUGUUUGGGUGAAUGAACGAAAAUAAUCAUUAAUAAGACUGGUCACAAAGUAAAAGAUAAAUUAAUCAUGGAGGACGCCCACUGUAAAACAGUGGAGGAGGUGUUGACUUAUUUCAACGCUGAUGGCGAGAAAGGGUUGUCUCCGGACCAGGUGAAGAGAAAUCAAGAAAAAUAUGGUCUCAACGAAUUGCCAGCUGAGGAAGGUAAAUCCAUCUGGCAACUCGUCUUGGAACAAUUCGACGACCUUCUAGUUAAGAUUCUUCUAUUAGCUGCUAUUAUUUCUUUCGUAUUAGCUUUAUUUGAAGAGCACGACGAUGCAUUCACGGCGUUCGUCGAACCCUUCGUUAUUCUGCUCAUUCUUAUUGCCAAUGCCGUUGUCGGUGUUUGGCAAGAACGAAAUGCAGAAUCGGCAAUUGAAGCGCUCAAAGAAUAUGAGCCCGAAAUGGGAAAAGUGAUGAGGUCCGAUAAAUCGGGAGUGCAGAGGAUCCGAGCCAAAGAGAUCGUUCCCGGCGACAUUGUCGAGGUGUCGGUCGGCGACAAGAUCCCGGCUGAUAUCCGACUCACAAAAAUUUUCUCGACCACCCUCAGGAUCGAUCAGUCCAUCCUGACUGGCGAGUCUGUCUCUGUCAUCAAACACACGGAAGCCAUUCCGGAUAUCCGGGCUGUCAAUCAGGACAAGAAAAACAUUCUCUUCUCGGGUACAAAUGUCGCUGCCGGUAAGGCACGUGGAAUCGUAAUUGGAACUGGAUUGAACACCGCGAUUGGUAAAAUCCGUACCGAGAUGUCGGAAACGGAGGAAAUUAAAACGCCACUUCAGCAAAAGUUGGACGAGUUUGGCGAACAGCUGUCGAAGGUGAUCUCGGUGAUUUGUGUGGCUGUUUGGGCCAUCAAUAUUGGCCAUUUCAAUGACCCCGCUCAUGGCGGCUCCUGGAUCAAGGGUGCCAUCUACUAUUUCAAAAUCGCCGUCGCUUUAGCUGUCGCCGCCAUUCCAGAGGGCUUGCCGGCUGUCAUCACGACUUGUCUCGCUCUUGGAACGAGACGUAUGGCCAAAAAGAAUGCAAUUGUUAGAUCUCUGCCCUCGGUUGAAACUCUUGGAUGUACCUCUGUCAUCUGCUCUGAUAAGACUGGCACCCUCACCACCAAUCAGAUGUCUGUCAGUCGGGCGUUCGUCUUUGAGAAGAUUGAGGGCAACGACAGCAGUUUCCACGAAUUCGAGAUUACCGGCUCGACCUACGAGCCAAUUGGCGAGACCUUCCUCAAAGGGCAGAAAGUGAAGGGCCAGGAUUUUGAGACCCUGCACGAAUUGUGCACAAUUUGCAUAAUGUGCAACGACUCGGCCAUCGAUUUCAACGAAUUCAAGCAGGCGUUUGAGAAGGUUGGCGAGGCCACCGAGACCGCGCUCAUCGUUCUCGCCGAAAAGAUCAAUCCCUUCGGUAUCCCGAAAACCGGGUUGGAUCGUCGUACCGCCGCAAUUGUCGUCCGCCAAGACAUUGAGACCAAGUGGAAGAAGGAGUUCACCCUGGAAUUUUCGCGUGAUCGUAAAUCCAUGUCGUCGUACUGUGUGCCACUGAAGACGACCAAACUUGGCAGCACUGGGCCGAAAUUGUUUGUCAAGGGCGCGCCCGAGGGUGUCCUGGACAGGUGUACUCAUGCCCGAAUUGGAUCGCAGAAAUUCCCGCUGACAGCGGCUCUGAAGAAUAAAAUUCUGGAGUUGACUCGGCAGUAUGGAACGGGACGUGACACUCUGCGGUGUCUGGCUCUGGCAUGCGCUGAUCAUCCGAUCAAGCCCGAGGACAUGGAGCUGGGAGAGGCGAACAAAUUUAUCACGUACGAGAGAGAUUUGACAUUUGUGGGCGUGGUGGGUAUGUUGGACCCGCCAAGAAAGGAAGUUUUUGACUCGAUUGUGAGAUGUCGGGCGGCUGGAAUUCGUGUGAUUGUGAUCACGGGAGAUAAUAAGGCGACGGCUGAAGCCAUUUGUCGGCGAAUUGGUGUUUUUGCGGAGGAUGAGGACACGACGGGCAAGUCGUACUCGGGACGGGAGUUUGAUGAUUUGCCGAUUGCCGAGCAGAAGGCCGCUUGUGCGAGGGCACGGCUAUUCUCGCGUGUUGAACCAGCUCACAAGUCCAAGAUUGUUGAGUAUUUGCAGAGUAUGAACGAGAUCUCGGCGAUGACUGGCGAUGGUGUGAAUGACGCACCUGCAUUGAAAAAAGCUGAAAUUGGUAUCGCUAUGGGUUCUGGAACGGCUGUCGCAAAGUCUGCCUCUGAGAUGGUUUUGGCCGACGACAACUUUUCCUCAAUUGUCGCUGCGGUUGAGGAGGGUCGUGCCAUUUACAACAACAUGAAACAAUUUAUCCGUUAUCUUAUCUCUUCCAACAUUGGCGAAGUCGUCAGUAUUUUCUUGACUGCUGCUCUUGGUCUUCCCGAAGCUUUGAUCCCCGUUCAACUCUUGUGGGUCAAUCUCGUCACUGACGGUCUUCCAGCUACGGCUCUCGGAUUCAAUCCUCCUGAUCUCGACAUUAUGAGCAAGCCUCCCCGACGAGCUGACGAGUCUCUCAUCUCUGGCUGGCUGUUCUUCCGUUACAUGGCUAUUGGAUUUUACGUCGGUGCCGCUACCGUUGGAGGCGCUUCCUGGUGGUUCUUGUACAGUCCAUACGGACCUCAAAUGAACUACUAUCAACUGACACAUCAUUUAGCGUGCAUAGGCGGCGGAGAAGAAUUCAAGGGUCUUGAUUGCAAAGUCUUCAGCGACCCUCAUCCCAUGACGAUGGCUCUUUCCGUUCUCGUUACCAUUGAAAUGUUGAACGCGAUGAACAGCUUGUCUGAGAACCAGUCUCUCAUCUCGAUGCCCCCGUGGUCGAACAUGUGGCUCAUCGCUUCGAUGGCCCUUUCAUUCACACUCCACUUUGUCAUUCUCUACGUCGACGUUCUAUCGUCCGUGUUCCAAGUGUGCCCACUGACCCUCGAAGAAUGGGUCACCGUAAUGAAGUUCUCGAUUCCCGUGGUACUUCUCGACGAAACUCUUAAAUUCAUUGCCAGAAAGAUCGCAGACGGUGAGAAUCCAAUUUACACCGUGCAUUGGAUCGUUCUGAUGUGGGCCGUGUUCUUUGGACUGUUAAUUAUUUGCCCCAUCUAAGAUCAUUCACGAAAAAUAAUUCAAUUCUAAUACUAGUUUAAAAACGAAGAAUGCUUGUUCCUUGCGGGACGGCAUUCGUCGUCGUCUUGGACUUGCAGUUGCAUUUAACUCAAAAAAAAAAAAAAGAAUUAUUCUCCUCCUUUGACUCUGCGAUUAAAAAAAAAAAACAAAACAAAAAAAACGGUCAAAGGGGGACAACAAAGCCAGCCUAAGAUGAAUGAUUAACCGAAGUGUGUCGUAAGCCUGAAAAUUUUAACCGAUUUGACCGAUAUUUGCUACGCAUGGUGUUUCUUGUUAAACAGAAAAAAAAAACAAAUAGGUUAAAAAUGUGCCGUUCAAGGCUCUACCAUGCAGAAUCGUCAUCGCAAAUCCAAACCAAUCGACAUCGAAGUCGAUUUGAUAUUCGAUAUUCGAUAUGUAUCGACUCUCCAGUGACUCCGAGCGUUUCGAGUACCCGCUCACCGUGACGAGAAGGAACGAUAGAUAUUACAUUCUUUUAUACGAGUGCCUUUUAAGCAUUAUUAACAUUAACGCUAUUCGGUUCCCAGUGGGCAAAACAAAAAACAAAAAUUAAGUCGUCCUAUGUCGGCACUUUGUGCUAAAAUAGGACGUCCUAUGUUGGCACUUUGUGCUGGAAUAGGACGUCCUAUGUUGGCACUUUGUGCUGGAAUAGGACGUCCUAGGUCGGCCCUAUGUGCUAGAAUAGGACGUCCCAGGUCGGCCCUACGUGCUGGAAUAGGACGUCCUAUGUCGGCACUAUGUGCUGAAAUAGGACGUCAAUGGUUUUGUGUGUCCACUGGGUUUAGACAAUAACCAGCCGUUGUUGAUGGCGCAACAUUUUUUCAACGCUUUGGCUGCAAUCCUAGGCCGCUCGCUCGCUCUUUUUAUUAACAAAAAUUGGGUUCAAGUUAGAAACAAAAACAAACAAAACGAGAUUAAAAAAAAGAAGAAAAAAGUGGUGUUACCUUACGAUGUUGAUUGUUUAUCCUCUGUGCACGAUUUCGCGUUGAGGCUCGAUUCGCGCGCUUUGUCCUUUCAAUUGGAGAUUAAUCUUUAGAUGUUGACGAAUAAAAUAAAAUAAAAUGAAAA